UUAUUGCGUGACUCGGGAAAAGAAAAACAGCCAAAAUGGAUCCUCCAAAUGACUUUGAAGCUCUCACCGAGGCUUUCUCAGGAUUUGGAGUUGAUGAGGAUUUGAUGGCAUCGAUCCUAGGAAAGUGGCAUUUGGAUCACUUGGAAUCCUUUAGAAAGAGAACUAAAUUCUUCUUGGAGGAUGAACGUCUUUUUGAGAGGUGGGAUGAUCACCAUAUUGGAUGCUUAACGAAAGAAUUUCUGCGGUUUAAGGAUAUUGUGGUGCAAUGGAUCAUGCAUCCUUGGGAAAGGGAUGCUCGUUUGGUGCAUGAGGCUAUUACUAAGGGUCCUCAAGCAUAUGGCUUGCUCAUUGAGAUUGCAUGCACAAGAUCAUCAGAAGAGUUGCUUGGAGCUAGGAAAGCUUAUCAAUCCCUCUUCAACCAGUCGAUCGAGGAUGUUGCUUCCCAACUUGAAGGCAUUGAACGCAAGCUCCUAGUAGCCCUUGUGAGUUCGUAUAGAUAUGAAGGGUCACGAGUUAAUGAUGGGACUGCUAGAUCAGAGGCCACAACACUUGCAAUCGCUGUUAAGAAUGUUGAUAAGAAGAACCCAAUUGAAGAUGAUGGGAUAGUGAGGAUUCUAACAACAAGGAGCAAGCUCCAUCUCAAGGCAGUGGUCAAGUACUAUAAGGAGAUUUAUGGCAAAAAUAUAGAUGAGGUCUUAAAUGAUGCAUUCAAAGAUGAUGCAGACGAGAAUACCAAAGAAGCCCUAACUCGAGUAAUAGUGACACGGAUCAAUGUUGAUAUGAAGGAAAUCAUAGAAGAAUUUGAUAAGCAAUAUAAAAUUCCUCUAACCCAGAAGAUUGAAGAUGUAGCUCUUGGAAACUAUAAGGAUUUCUUGGUGAGCUUGAUUAGAAGAGUGGCCUAAUAAGAACACAACUUGCAUUUCUUUAGUCAAUAUUUUAACAAUCUUUUCCAUUCUUGUAAACAUGUACAAACACAUUUGAUGAUAUUAGUGAUAAAAUUAA